AAUGUGGCGAUGUUGACGAAGGCUUUGCAUGAGCGCGACAGCCGACUUCACUUUAUGCCUCAUAAUUUUUGGUCAAAUCAUAACAGGCGCGUUGUUUUAAAUUCUUCUUUAUGGCAAGGUGGACGUGGCCGUCGAUUUCGAAUGAGGCGUCCAUUUGAAUUUGUUCGGUUUUUGCUUCCUGGUGAAGGUUCGGAUACCGAAGAUCCACCAACUGCAAGCGAACUGCGUGACCUUUCCAUUGUUCGCAACAUUCCCUUCGUCAUUCCUUUCAUGCAGAGGAUUGAGGUACUACUUUUUAUAGUUUUUAUGCGUUUUUGCUGUGCAGCGCUAUAGCG